GAGAUAUUUGAUUUCUUAACACAAAUACAGAAUUUGUCUCAAAACUAGUAUUAGUUUGACAGAACAACAAACUAUAUUGUAGAUCUGUCCCACUCACUUACCAACAUGAGCUAAUUGCAUUUAAUACAAAGAGUCGGAUUCAAGAUUUUAAGUUUAUAGGUUAUAAAUUCCACGCAAGAUAACUUACUAAAUUCGAAAUUGAUUUCUUUAACACAAAUACAACAUCUGUAUCAAAGCUACCGAGUUUGACUGGAUCUGGUUAUAAAAUACACAAAAACCAAGACAAGUGUAUGCUGUAGUACUUAAAAGAUUAUUCUCUCUUCAUUUUGUUGUUUACUUCACAUACUUUUUCAUCAGGAGAGAUAUGGGAGAGGUGCCAAUGGGCAAAGGCCAUGAAAUUUUGCAAUUCACCAAUCAUGUUGUUCAAGGUAGGUGGUUCUCUCUUUUUGCCUCUUUUCUCAUCAUGGCUGGAGCAGGUGCUACUUAUCUGUUUGGAACUUACUCUAAAGAAAUAAAGGCUUCACUUGGAUAUGACCAAACAACACUUAAUCUCUUAGGAUUCUUUAAAGAUCUUGGUGCUAAUGUUGGAGUAUUCUCUGGUUUACUAGCUGAAAUAACUCCAACAUGGUUUGUUUUACUAGUUGGUGCAGCCAUGAAUUUCACUGGCUAUUUCAUGAUAUGGCUCUCUGUUGUUCGCAAAGUCUCAAAACCAAAAGUUUGGCUUAUGUGUAUGUACAUAUGUUUAGGGGCCAAUUCGCAGAAUUUCGCGAAUACGGGGGCUCUUGUUACAUCUGUUAGAAACUUCCCUGAAAGUAGGGGAAACAUGAUAGGUUUAUUGAAAGGGUUCACUGGUCUAAGUGGUGCUAUAAUGACACAAUUAUACUUAGCUGUAUAUGGAAAUGAUGCUAAAUCACUCAUUUUGCUUAUAGCUUGGCUACCACCUGCAAUAUCUGUGAUUUUCGUGUACGUGGUUCGUGAAAUGAGAGUCGUUAAGCAGCCGAAUCAGCUUAGAGUUUUCUACUAUUGCUUGGCUAUAACAAUUUUGCUAGCAUUAUUUCUUAUGGUCAUGACAUUGGUGGAAAAAGCAAUUCAUUUUACUCAUGCUGCUUAUGUUGUAAUUGCCACUAUUGCUUGUGCGUUGUUAUUUCUCCCUCUUUUAGUUUUCGUUCGAGAAGAGUUAGGUGUCUUUCGUCGAAAGAAUUUGCCUAUUGAUCCUCCACAAGUAGUAGUAGUACUAGAGAAACAAGAUAAAUCUAUAGCCUUGGAAACCAAGAAAGAAGAUAGUCAAGAUACUAAUAAUUCUAAGUGUUUUUGGUUCAAUGAUAUUUUCUUCAAUAAACCAGCAAGAGGUGAAGAUUAUAGCAUAUUACAAGCAUUGUUAAGUACCGAUAUGUUGAUUUUGUUCGUUGCUACGUUCUGUGGACUUGGGACGAGCCUGACAGCUGUCGAUAACUUGGGACAAAUCGGAGAGUCUUUAGGAUAUCCAACAACAACAAUUAAGUCCUUUGUGUCACUUCUUAGCAUAUGGAACUUUUUUGGGAGAAUUUUCGCAGGAUUUGUAUCCGAGACCUUACUUGUUAAGUACAAAUUCCCUAGGACACUUAUGAUGACAUUAGUCCUUUUGUUAUCUUGCAUUGGCCUUCUACUCAUCGCAUUCCCAUUUCCGGGAGCAGUCUACGUGGCAUCAGUGAUAAUCGGGUUCUCAUUUGGAGCGCAAUUGCCUUUGUUGUAUUCGAUCAUUUCUGAGCUUUUCGGAUUAAAGUAUUACUCCACAUUGUUCAAUUGUGGCCAACUGGCUAGUCCUCUUGGCUCAUACAUAUUGAAUGUGAAGGUUACUGGACCGCUUUACGAUAGACAGGCAUUGAAGGAUCUUGCGAAAAAGGGGUUAACUAGAUCAUCUGUUAAAGAAUUGACGUGUAUGGGGAACCAAUGUUAUCGACAGGCUUUUGUUAUCUUGGCAAGUGUCGUGUUUUUUGGCGCGCUAGCCUCGUUGAUUUUGGUUGCAAGGACUCGGAAUUUUUAUAAAGGUGAUAUAUACAAGAAGUUCAGAGAGCAAGCUGAGGCAACUGAGGCAGAAAUGGCUUCAACAAACAGCAAUAGGAUACACUAAGAACAUUUUGAAGAGACAAAAAAUUUUAGGAUGUACUAAGUAGGGCAAAAUAUUUGGCCUAUGUAAUACGUAGUUUUUUCUUGAUAAUUUAUGUAUCAAUUGAUUAUGUAUCAAUGAUUUGAAAGGCAAAUGGUCUUUGUCUAUCUGUUUGUGUAUGCAUUCAUAGAAAUAUAGUAUAUUGUUGACCA